AAAGUUCUUAUAUUUUCAUGGAUCAAGAUAAAUAAUUAAAAGAUAAUUCAAUUGCUAGAGUGUUACUAAAAUAGUUAUCACUCUUUUAUUUAUCUCCUUUAGAUUUCAAUCUUUAAAAUGGUUUACUCUACCGAAGCUUCUAAAUGGAAAGCCUAUCAAUUUAGCGAUCCUUUUGCUGCUGGUUCCUUCUACGUUUGCAAUAAGAUCGACAAAGUUUUCUGUCGCCCUGAUUGUGAUGCUAGACCAGUCACUAAUUUAAAGUCAGAAAUUAAAUUCAUGUUACACCCUUCUGAUUGUAUGAAUUAUGGAUAUAUGCCUUGUGAAUACUGUGAUCCAUUAGUCAUUCCUGUUAUCGAUGUUAAGCUUUUAGUUGAAUGUGUUGCAAGUAUCAAUGCCCAAAUUGGAUUCUUACACCCUUUAUUAGAUGAAAAUGAAGAAAAUAAUAAUUUAAGAAUUAAAGCUAAUAUUUUAGAAUCUAAAAAGGUCAAUGAAGUCAAUAUUUUAAAAACAAUUAAUAAUGCUGGUGGUAUUUCAGGUAGUUUUAGAAAAUCAAGUACUCCAGUUAUAAAUUUUGAUGGCAAAUUUACUAAGGAUUUUGAAAACGCCUCCUUAUCAAAAAAUGAUUCUGAUCAUUAUAGAUUAGUUGAUUUGGCUUGCAGACAUUUAGCAUUGGCUGCUGCUGUUUCCUUACUUCAUCCUCAAUCUCAAAAGCCAAGACCAAGUUCUCCAGAAGAAGUCACUAGUCCUAAUGAUGAAACUGAAUCUUCAUCUGGACCUAAAAAGAGAAGAAGAAGGGGUGGUGUACUAGGAUUUAAAGAAUUAGCUGCUAAGUCAAAGCUUUCUGCUUGGCAUUUCCAUAGAGUUUUCAAAUCUGUCACUGGAUUAACUCCAAAAACUUAUGGUGAUAAAUGUUGGGAAUUCGUUAAGAAAUAUAAAGAGUCACACCCAGAAUUAAUUGGCUUUUCAGAAAGUCCAUUAAAUUCUUCUCCAUCUAAAACUCCAAGCAUUGUCGGAGGUGAUCAAACUCCAAGAAUAGGUUCUCAAUCUUUAAAAAGAAGAUCAAUUCCGGUUUCUCCUGAAUCUACAAAUGGUGGUCAAUAUCAACCAUCAAAUAAAAGGGUCAAACUUCAAUCUGAACCUUAUAGCUACAAUAACAAUAAUAUCAAUGAUAAUAUUAAUAGUAAUAUUUAUUCGGUUGAUGGAUUUAUGUUACCAAAUAAUGUAUCGAAUCCUCAAAAUGGAUUAUUAGGAUUCCCAACCAAUACAAAUAUGGUUGGCAGUAUCUCAAGUCCAAUGAUUGUUGCAACAUCGAAUAGAGAAGAACCUAAAAUAAAGAUGGAAGAGAUAAAUCAAUUCUCUAUGCCUAUGCAGAAUUCUAAUGAUUCUAUAAGCAACGCUAACUCCUAUUCGUCGGUUCCAGAUUUAGCUAAACCUCCUUCAACUUCUUUGUUUCCUCAAAAUGGUUAUAAUAACAAAGCUAACAUCGAUAUGAACAGUUCCACUUUUGAUUUCAAUGAGUUUUCAGAAGAAGCUAAAGUACUCAACAAUCCAUCAAUGAAUACAUUUAACCAAGUGGACAAUAUGAAAACCAUACCUUUAUCCAAUCAAACGCAGAGUGUAAACACAACUGAAACUGAUUUUUUUAAUCCAAAUAUGAAUUAUAUUAACGAUUCACAAAUCAACAACUAUGCCUUUUCUAUACCUAAUGACAAUAGUUUCGGAAAUUUUCUUAAUGGUAUUACAUUUGAUGAUAGUCAUUUAACUAAUGGCUUUGCACCAAAUACAUUCACUCCUAAUUUCGAAGGAAUUUCAAUAACUGAUAGUGGAUAUGGUGCUGGUUCUUUUGGUGUGAAUAAUACAAGUUGGAGUCCUUAGAAGGAUGUUUCUAACUAUGGGUCAAGGUUUCAUUUUGGUAUAGCUGUUGUAUUAUUAACAAACACAAAUAAGCGUUAGGUUUUUUUAUAGAGGUAUGGUUUGUUUUGUUUGCGGGCUUUCAGUUUUUCAAAGUAUAGUAUUACAAGAGUGGUGCAGCGUUUAUACUAGUGUGUUGAUAUUCUACUAUAGUAUUAAACGCUGUUUAUAUCUAUAUAUUUAUUAUGUUUAUUAUUUAUUAGUUAGUCAUUCAUUUAAUUUAUUUAUAAUUUAUUUAUUCAUUUCUUU